UUAGCAAGAUAUACCUCAGGAAUCCCAUGAAAAUUUAUCAAGAGAGCGUAUAAUCAAUAUGUCAAUUAUUACAAUUUACGUUUAAUGUGGAGUAAAUAAUGUGUAGCUCCGUCAUGUCAUAUGUAUCACUCGUGAAGAGUGACGCGCAGUGACGCGUGUGGUGGAGGAACAUUGCAGCGCAACUAUAAUAAAAAUCGUAUAAUCAUGACUGCGGCAGAAGUCGAGGAUGACAUUUACACGGGGUACAACGAAUAUUCGUCGGUGUACGAUCUCACAGAGCUCGAGCAAGAUGAAGUGUUUCAGGAGGCUAUUAAAACAAGUUAUGGAAAGAGAUCAGUGUUUACUCCAAAGACCCCAAGUACUGCAAUGCGUUUUGGAACAUCAAGCAGAUUUCAAAGAGGUGGUACUGCUGCAUCCAUGCAACCUAUGAGUGGACUUAGACCUAUGACAGCAGUGAGAAGUGCUGGAUACACCAGCAGCAGUCGGCAAACUUUUGAUCCUCUCAACAUGGGAAGUAAUGCCAAAGUUCCUGCACCAGCAUUAGAAACCAACAAAGACACGCCAGAGGAAAAAAUAAAGACGGCAGAAAGAAAAAUAAUGGCUCUGAUAGAGAACUCUGCAGAGGCAGUUUCUGAGAACAAUGUGAGAAUUGCGUUAGAACGUGCGCGUGAAGCUUCCUCGAGGGAGAGAGCUCUCAUACGAUUGCAGGAACAAGCUGGUCUAAGUGAUAAUCACAAUAUAGACUUGACAUUUGCUGUGCUUUUCAAUCUGGCGAUUCAAUACACAAACAACGAAAUGUAUACAGAGGCUAUAGCAACUUACCAGGCUAUAACAAGGAACAGAAUGUUCAGUAAUAGUGCCAGGCUCAAGGUUAACAUGGGUAAUAUUUAUGUGAAAAUGGGCCAACUGUCUCAAGCUAUCAAAAUGUACAGAAUGGCGUUUGAUCAGGCUCCAACAGUUCACAAAGAUUUAAGAAUAAAGAUUAUGCAUAACAUGGGAAUGUUAUUUGUGCAAAUGGGUCGAUUAGAAGAGGCAGCUAAUAGUUUCGAAUGGGUGAUGAGAGAGAGAGCCGAGUUUAAAGCGGGUUUGCAUGCCGUUUUGUGUCAUUUCGCGUUGUCUCAUCGCGAUAAGAUGAAAAGAGCUUUCUUAGAACUACUAGAAGUACAGCUUAACAUAGAGGAGGACAAAUAUAAUAUAAAUCCCGAUGAUGCUGCAUCCACUAUAUUAAAUGAACUUAUAAAAAAUGACGAGCUGUCUAAGUUGGAAAAGGAAAUGAAAGUUGAAGCCGAAAAAACGAUACUUUGCGCAGCGAAGCUCAUAGCGCCUGUCAUCGAGGAUACACUCACAGCUGGAUUUGCUUGGUGCGUCGACGCCAUAAAAUCCUCGGCUUACAGCGCUCUGGCCGCCGACUUGGAGAUAAACAAGGCCAUGGUGUUUUUGCUCAAUCGAGAAACGCAACUGGCCAUAGAUACGUUAAAGAUGUUCGAGAAUCGCGACACCACAGCCAACAGCGCAGCGACAACCAUGCUUUCGUUUAUCUACUAUCUCCAAGGAGAUUACAAUCAGGCUGAAAAGUAUAGCGAAGCAGCUCGUAACGCCGAUGCUUACAACGCGGCAGCCUAUGUCAAUCUAUCCGCCUGUGCGAUUAAAAGAGACGAUUUGAACAUAGCUCGGGAGCUGUUGUUGUACGCAUUGGAAACGGACGCCAGUCACGUACAAGCUCUGUACAAUUUAGGCUUGGUUUAUAAAAAACAGAACAUGUACGAGGAAGCUUUGGAGUGUUUCUGGAAAAUUCGUAAUAUCGUUAGACACGAUCCGCAAACGUUAUAUCAAAUUGGUCAUCUGUAUCAGCUGCUCAACGAUACUGACCAAGCAUCCGAAUGGUAUAAUCAGGUAUUGGGAAUAAUAUCGUCUGAUCCGGGAAUUUUUCAAAAACUCGGAGAACUGUAUGAUUCAAUAGGAGAUAAGCAGCAGGCAUUUCAGUUUUACAGUGAAUCUCACAGAUUUUAUCCCGCCAAUUUCGAGGUGAUAGACUGGCUCGGAUCGUAUUUCAUAUCGAUGCAGAUUGCUGAAAAGGCGCUGCCUUAUUUCGAGAAAGCGGUUGAACUCGCACCGGACGAACCGAGAUGGAGAUUGCUGGUUGCCGCGUGUUUAAGACGCACUGGACAAUUUCACAAAGCUCUCGCGGAGUAUCAAGACAUUCACAAUAAAUUCCCGGACAACAUAGAAUGUCUCAAAUUCUUAAUCAGAUUGUGCAGCGAUCUAGGUCUGAAGGAAGCGCAGACGUACGCGGCUGAAUUGAAAAGAGCCGAGAAAGCUAAGGAAAUGAAAGACAGGCAAGGCUCAGCGAGACCGGGAACAACAGGAUCCAGAAAAAGUAACAGCGGAACCGGUUCGCGAGCCGGUUCGGGAUUGAGUGUGUUGUCAGAUCACAGACCAAGUCCAGAUCGACGACCGAUUUCAGGUCGGAACGAUUAUCAAGGCGCGAGUUCAAGUUACGCGGAUCCUUUGGGACCUCUUCCUACACGUCCCAUGACAGCAGCUGGGAAACGAGAUGAUGAUUUCGGCGACGAAGAACUCGGGGAUGAUCUUCUGCCGGAGUAAUACCGCCUUUUGUUUUGUAACAAAGUUAAGUUUGUUGAGUAGAUUUAUAUAUUUUCUGAUGAAACUAGUCAUAGAAGCAGCAAAUAAAAUGUAUCGGAAUUCUAUCAGAAUUCCGAUAAAACUCUUGUAUUAUUCUCAAGAAUUAUUUAUUUUAAUUUCUUUGUGUUUAUAUACAUGUGAUUUUAAUACUUCAAACAUUAAUAGGACUGAGUCGCGGUAAUUUAUUUCAGAGCGAUUUACGUCGUUACGAGAGAGAGAAAUUGGUCAUUGGUUUGACAUUUUAUUGACCCUGUGUCAUUGCCCCUUGCGAUUCGUGGAAUUUCUCUUAUUGCACGUUGCGUAUAUCAUAGAAUUACAGAAUUGACGACAUAUGUGAUAUCCUAUUUCGCACAAAUAUAUCACGAACGACGAAAAUAUUGUACAUUUU